AUGAAGGACCACAUUGAUAUUGCGAAUUCGAAGACUUCAGACCAAUUCAUUACAGACUACCUCCCAUCUAGCAACCAGUGGAGAUCAUGGAUCCAUCCCGCAACCAAGGCUGAAUAUCAAAUUACGCUUCAGACCGCAGAGACACUACCAAAGACCAACUUCGACGCCUGCUUCAACCUUAUCGAAUGCACUAGUGGGGAAGCUUACAGAAAGUCCAAGGAUGGAUGGAAACCUCGAUCCAAACGCAAGGAGAUGAGACUGCUCGACCUGAAGUACCUCCUGGUUAAACUGGACGACCAAGUCGAAGGUUUCUUAUCUUUCAUGCCCACGUACGAGGACGAGUAUCCAGUCAUAUAUUGCUAUGAAAUCCAUCUUUCCCCAGCUCUACAAGGGUCAGGUCUUGGCAGGGUCCUGAUGCAGUAUCUUGAAGUCAUUGGAGACAAGAUCCCAGGGACGGCAAAAGUCAUGCUGACUUGCUUCCUGAGUAAUACUCGUGGAGUCGCCUUUUAUCAGAAGUUAGGCUAUGCGGAGGACGAAUUCUCACCCCAACCCAAAAUCCUACGGAAUGGGACGAAAGUUGCGGCCGACUACGUGAUCAUGAGCAAAAAUAUCUCGCGAUGA